AUGGAUACCCUUAGGUCUUCUGAAGCUACUUUCCUUCCCCUGGGGUUAUCGGAUCACUCCCCAGCAGUGAUUUCGAUCCUUGAAAGUGUAAAUUUUGGCCCAAAUCCAUUUCGAUUCUUUGAGGCUUGGAUCGGUAGAGAGGGUUUUGAUGAGGCGGUGUUAAAUGGCUGGAAUCGCCCGGUUAACUUGAACCCUAAUCCUAUCCUUCGGUUUGCAGCCCGCCUUAAGAAUGUGAAGAGUGAGCUUAAGAAGUGGAAUAAAGAGAGCAUUGGAGAUGUCUUCCUUGCCGUAAAGAAUGCUGAAUCGGAUUUGAACAAUAUACAGGUGAACUUUGCUGCCCAUCCGAAUGAUCUAUAUCUGGUUGCUAUGGAGUCAGAUGCUAAAAUGAAGUUAUGGGAAGCUUUGAGCAUUGAAGAGAAAUUCCUUAAAGAGAAAUCAAGGGUAAAAAAUAUUCAAUUGGUGGAUGGGAAUAAUAGGUUUUUUUAUAAGUCCAUGGUGUGCAGGAAAAAUCGGAAUCACAUCUUAGAAGUGCGAACUGAAGGGGUUGAUGUUAUUAAAGAGCCAAAUCUUAUUAAAGAGGAGGCAGUAUCAUUUUAUAAGAACCUGUUCGGAGUUGAUGCGGAUGAUAGAGGUUUCUUUCCCGAGUCUGUCCCUUUGCAAUAUGGACUGAAUUCCGCCCAGCAAGAGAACCUAGUUGGUAAGGUUUCUAAUGAGGAAAUCAGGGAGUUGGUGUUUGCAUUGAAGAAUUCAAAGCACCAGAGCCGGAUGGGUUUGGAGCGGCUUUCUUCAAGCACUCUUGGGAGGUUGUUAUAG